AUGUCAACGAAAUUAGGUAAAUUAGAAAAGGCCGUAGUCGAUUGCACAGGAUACCCGAAAGCCUCGGGUAAGGAACAGUCUUGCCCAAUAAAACCAUCAACAUUUUGUGAUGGAUGUGAUGAGACGUUUUCUGUACAAGAUUUCCUUAGUUGUAAAAAAGAUGGAUUAAUUAUAAAAAAUAUUAGACGUCACCAUGAAGUGAUUGGUUAUUUGAUGGGGGAUGCUUGGGGAAGUUAUUUGAGGGAGUCAAUUGCUAUGGAAUCAAUGAUGAUCCAAUUCUGCGUGCUGACGUAG